CAGAACGGGCAACAGUUCGGGAAAACAUUUCUCAAGAUGCUGAUUUCAUGAACUAUACUGCUAUAGCAGCGCCAAUGGUAGACGAACAGUACAAUGAAAUUGCAUACUUAUUACCGUGGUGCAAACUACGUCAGCCUGAAAAACAAGGGGUUUAUGAAUUGGUGACCUUUCAGCUGAAGCCUGGAGGACUGGCCAUUUGGGGGGAUGCAUUCAGAGCCGCCAUCUCUGCUUAUGUAAAUACCAGCUACACUGAACUUGUUGGUGUCUUCAACACGGAGUAUGGAUCACUAAACCAAGUCCAUGUUUUAUGGUGGUACGAGAAUGAAGACAGUCGCGCCGCUGGAAGACGUCUAGCUUAUGAAGAUGCAAGGGUGGCUGCAGCGGUGAGAGAAAGCGUGAGAUUCCUGGUGUCCCAGAAGAAUGUGCUCCUACAGCCCACGGCAUUCUCCCCCCUCAAAUAACACCAGGGCAGUCUCUCUGGAUACCAGCACCAUAUGUUGGGACUCCUAAAGCCUGACUAUUGAAU